AUGGCCUUCACCACCUGCGUCGCCGCCUCUGACCGCCGCUACGCCCCGCCGCCCCACCCCGCCGCAUCGCCCCACCGCCCCGGUGCACCUCCACGCCGCCCCGCCCCAUCGCCCCACCACCCUACCGCCCCAUCGCCACACCACCCCGCCGCCACGCGACCUCGUCCCGGCACCCCGCCCCACCGCCCCGCCCCGGCUCACCACCCCACCCCCGCCCGCCUCGGCCCGGCUUGCUGCACUACCCCCGUCGCGGCGCCCGGCCCACCCCAGCUCGCCGCCCCGCCCCGGCUUGCCACCCAGGCGGCGCCCCACCUCGGCGUCCGCCGCCUCCUCCACCACCGUCGGAGCCAAGAUAAAUUUGAUACAGUCGAUACGCUGCCAAAUUCUAGUAUGGAGCGGUGA